AUGGCAGAGACCCAAGUGUUUUUGAGGGAAGGAACCAUUUCUACAUGUAGUUCACAUGUAGCCGAUCUAGGAAAAAAGAUAGCAGAGCUUCAUGCAAAAGCAGAGCCAUUCAGAGAAGAGGGAAAGGAAAUUAGACCAAAUAACAUUUUGUACAGAGUGCCAGCCCGGAAGCAUGAACUCUUAAAAGAAGCAUCAAUACAGGAGGUUCCUGUUGUUUAA